CCACAUCACGCAGUCCCACCAACCGGUUCUAUGAAGCAAGGAAUAUUCGCGAAACAGCCCACGGCUCGUCGACGCAGACUCACACUACUACGAGCGACGCGUCCCCGGCCACCACAGCGCCCGUCGGCAUCUUCGAUGAGCACAGGCCCGUAUACGCCGGGGCAUCCGCGACCAUGGCGUUCCCGCACAUUCUGGGCGUGGCGCUGGGUUCCGACAGCCCUCCCAAGAUGCACUCGUUUGCUUACAACUUUGGCGUUCGCCCCGAGGAGGCUUCCCAAGCUCACGACGUGCUAGGGAAACUCAUCUCGGAGGAUGACCUUGGUUUCUUCUCGGGCGUGUACUUUUCCGAGUUGGCCCCCAUCGCCGACCUGAUGGACUCGGCGAUCUACGCCCAGCGAUGUCGCGACUAUUAUCGUAGCCCCGGCAGUGCUGCAGCUGCCUUUGCCGCUGCGGCCGCCGGUGUGGCCGCUCUGGGGUCUUUUCUGUCACCCGACAGACACCCGCGGGAGUCCGAGAUGGUGCAGUACGCCAAAGCCAUCCUCGACGACCCGGCCUCGAUGCGCAUGCCGUCCGUCGACUACAUCGUCGCGUGGGGUCUACGAAUGUUGUACCUACGGGCCACAGCCUUCCCCAAUAGUGCCUGGAUCGCGUCGUGCACCGUCAUGCACCUUUGUGAGGCAGUAGGGCUUCACGAGGAAGACAACAUCAAGAAGAUGGCGUCCGUCUCCGACGCCGCGACCACGGGAUAUGACGCAGACCGACUGAGGCGGAUUUUCUGGACCGCGUGGGCAGGGCACAAUAUCCUGUCCUACGAAUACGAUCGUUCGCCUGUGCGAUUCAGGGCACUAACUUGCCAGGCCAUCGUCCCCGCCGCAGGGUCCGUCGCCGAUCAGUUUGUACGAAUAGCCCAGGUCAUCCCGGCACCCAAUUCCCCGUUCCGUCUUGAAUGCCAGCAGCCUCUAGCAUCUCCGAGGGAAGAGCUGUUUGAGCGCAUCAAGGCAUUGAGCAAACUCGAGUGCACCCAUCCAUUCUUGGUCAUGACCAAAGCCGACCUCGCUUUUUGUUUCUAUCGGCGCAUUUACCAGCUCAAGAUGGAUAUAACCGACGAGAUCAUCCAGCUCAUCAUUGAGAGCGGCAACGCAGCCGUGGGAGCGGCCGAGCAGCUGGCUGGCCAGGGUCGUCUAUUCUGGAACGUCAUUGGCAGCGUAUUUCACUACACCUGCGUCCUGUUAGCCAUAGACACGCCUGCCGCCUCUAUGCACAUUGCCGCUGCCUUCAAGGGCUUGGAGAAGCUCGUCGUAGCUGCUGACACGGGACUAACGCGCGAGGCACUAUCGAUGGCGCGACACCUGCUCAGCCUCAAGAAAGAUAAGAAGCGAAAGGAGCUCGCUCAGCUGGAAGCUGUCGAAGCGGGCUAUCAACUCUUCGAGGAGCCCUUGGAGGAGUCCGAGGCCGUUGUGACGGCGCCGGAGAUGGGCUGGGGAUGGGACUGGAGUCAGUUCCUCGUCGAGCCAUAUCUGUCGAUGCUUGGCUCUGACGUUCAAUUGUAGCGGCAUGGACAUAACCACUAUAUGACACCCUUCCUCGGAGCGAUACGGAGACAUCCGGAAGGCAAGCAUCACUGCCAUGCGGUUGUCGUGAUGCGUGAUGCGGUUGCUGCGGCUGCUGCGGCUCUUGCGGCCCGCCACUGCACCAGCCCAGGCGUUGUCGUGCUAGGCUCUGUUAGUCCAUGCCCGCGCACGCCAGUGGGACUCGGGGCCAUUCAUCACCCCGGGAGGAGGCAGGUUGAACUCGGACAUAGGACUCUUCAAAGACGAGCCCGGAAUUCGGGAAUCCGGCCCGGCUCGACGGGCUCAGGAUGAUAGAGAGGCAUUGAGAGCAUCAUCGAGACGCGAAUGUAUAUAAAUGGGUGGGCAUUCGCUGCUUCAGAGAGCAAGAGCCAGACACCAGAAUCACACGCACACGCACACAGCGCCUACACCAUCCCAAGACGCUCAACCACCUUGGUUUAUUGUCAGGACAUAGUGCCACGAUGUCCAAGUACGCCAAAAACCAGCCGAACGGCUUCAGAAAUGCCAUAGAGAGAGUUGCCAUUGUCGGGGCUGGAGGCACCGUUGGGUCGCACAUUGUCGCCUCCCUGCUUGCCACCGGGAAUCACAAAGUCACGGCCCUCUCCCGCAAGGACAGCAGCAACAACCCCCCCGAGGGUGUCCUCGUCGCCCCCGUCGACUACGACGACGAGGCCAGCCUCGUCACCGCCCUCAAGGACCAGCAGUUCCUCAUCAUCUCGUUGAGCCCCUCGGC